AUGGCGGGCAGAAAAUCGAAUAUUUUAAAGUCACGCAAUGAUGAUGUCCCAAAGCCGAAGCAACAGAGGAAGCGAGGCAAAGGCUUAAAUGCGCUUGCCAUUGCAGAACACGAAUUUCCGACCAAUGCAAAAGUGCGAGCCCAUCGGUUGGGUGAAGUCGACGAUUUCCCCAAGCGUCGAAGAAACGACGAGGAAGAUGACGAACCGGAUACGAAACGUCGCAGAACGGACGAAGAUGGCGCAUCCGAGGGAGACUACGGAAGUGACAGUGAAGGUCAUGAAUGGAAAGUAGGACAGGUCGAUAGCGAGGACGACAGUGAACUUGACAGCGAUGAGGCACUGGGUGAGAGUGACGAAGAACGUUUCGAAGAUUUCACAUUCCGUGGAAGCUCGUCCAAAUCGAAUUCCAAAUCCGAACGGAAACCUAAAACUAUCAAGCGUCAGAAAAUCGAUCUCUCCGAAGGUUCUGGUUCCGAUGCCGAUUCUGAUCAAGAAGAUUAUGACGACGACUUGGGUGAAGAUGCAGUGGACUUGGCUACCGCUUGGGACAUGAAUGGCGAGGAUGAUGAUGACGAGGACAAGACCGCAUCGAAGACUGCCAAAAAAUCCAAAAAGUCACAGCCAAUAAAUGAGUUAUCGGAUGAGUCUGGCUCCGACAGCAUCUCCGAUGGUAGCAGUGAGGAAGAGGAAAGUGAGAAUACUGAUAUCUCUAUGUCUGAUGAUGAGAUCGACGAGAAAGAGGACGGGCUUUCAAAGCUCCAGGAUUUUGUUAGCUCUCUGGGAACUAAAAAUGCCGGCGCUACAUCUCAACAACGAAAAGCCAAGGGCCAAGAGAAUGGUGCUCCGACGGAAUACGGAUUGACUUCUACUCGGAAAUUGAACGUUUCUGAUCUCUUGUCUUCCGUGACCGAUUCGCGCCUAAAGGGAUCCUUGAAGCAUUUGAGCUCAGCCCCGACAGUUAAGGGCGCCAAGUCGAUUGCUCCAGGAAAGUUGACUGCACCUUUGGCUAAAAGACAGCAAGAUAAAAUAGAUCGAACAGCCGCCUACGAAAAGAGCAAGGAGACGUUGAAUCGAUGGAUAGAUACAGUGAAAGCCAACAGAGAGGCCGAGCACAUAUCGUUUCCCCUUCCUGACCAUCACGAGCAGCAAGUUGCGAGACUUGGGCCAGUCGAACCAAAGACAGACCUGGAAAGCACCAUCAAGUCGAUCCUCGUUCAAAGUGGUUUAGCGACCGAUGAGAAGACUGCUGAGAAACAAUUCCAGGCCGCCGAGGAGUUAGAAACCCGCAAAAUGUCACUUGAGGAAGUCCGUGCUCGAAAUCUAGAGCUUCGCAAACGCCGUGACCUUCUGUUCCGAGAAGAAGUAAGAGCAAAGAGGAUCAAGAAGAUCAAGAGCAAAUCAUACCGUCGUGUACAUCGAAAGGAGCGCGAAAAGCUGGAAGAGGUGGAGAGACAAGCUUUGAUCGAUGCAGGCAUCGAUCCCGAUGAACAAGAACGGGAAUCUUACGACCGCCGCCGAGCAGAGGCCAGAAUGAGCACCAAACAUAGGGACAGCAAAUGGGCAAAGAGUAUGAAAGAGACUGGCCGCACGGCGUGGGAUGAGGAUGCUCGGUCCAGUAUGCACGACAUGGCCAGGAGAGACGAGGAGUUGCAGCGACGAAUCGAAGGACGGAACGUCAAGACUGAUGGUGACGAAUACCUCGGAUCGUCAAGCUCAGAAUCGGAAGAUGACCACGACGAGUGGGAUGAAGAAGCUGAUUCAGAUGCGGAGGCACGAAUUUUGAAUAAAGAUCUAGAUGCCCUCAAUGGCGUCGAUGAUGCGGAAUCGACUGGUCCACAUUCGAAAUUGAUGGCUAUGAGUUUCAUGCAGAAGGCGGAAGCAGGGCGCAAACAACAGAAUGAUGACGAGAUCCGAAAACUUCGCCGUGAAAUUAAUGGAGAUGAAGAUCAAUCCGAAGAGGAAGAAGGGGGCCGAAAGAAAUUUGGAGGUUCCAAACCAGCAGAAAAAAAGACUACAGCUGGAUCUCGCAGCAAGAAUGAGUUUGAGGAAACUGUUGAUUCGGAAGAUGAAGACCAUGGCAAUGAAGCUACAGAGGACUCGGCGCAAGGUUCAACCAGCCAAACAAAAGGAGAUAACAAAGCAAGGGGAGAUGCUGUUGCCAAAUCCACGAAAGCGAGUGAAUACAGGCCGGCUAUGGAUGAUUCGGAUAAAGAAGUUGAAAAUCCCUGGCUAGUGCAAAACACUAGGACAAAUAGGAAACGUCAAGUCAAUGAUGCCGACGACACUGUCAAUAUCUCUGUUGGUGACCAAGAACAGGCUGCUUUGAGCAACGCCAGUAGAAUCUCGAGUGAGCAAAAGCCACGGCAAGCUAGCAAGUCAAAGUCUCACAUCAACACUGAAGAUAACGAGUUCGGAAGUGACAGCGACGAGGAGAACGCCCCCGUCUUGCUUACAAACCACGAUCUUGUGAAGAGAGCUUUUGCUGGAGACGAUGUCGUGGCAGACUUUGAGCGUGAAAAACAGGAAACUAUUGAGGAAGAAGGUGACAAAGUCAUCGACAAUACUCUACCAGGCUGGGGCAGCUGGACUGGUGCUGGUAUAAGCAAGAAGCAGCAAAAGCGCCAGAAGAAGUUCCUUACCAAAGUCGAAGGUAUCAAACCUGAGCAGCGUAAGGAUGCGAGACUUGGACAUGUCAUCAUUAAUGAGAAGCGAAUGAAGAAGAACGUCAAAUACAUGGCCACACAGCUCCCGCAUCCUUUCGAGAACAGACAGCAGUAUGAAAGAUCCCUCCGUCAGCCCAUCGGUCCUGAAUGGUCUACCUCAGACACUUUCCAUGAGGCCACCAAGCCUCGUGUACUUAUCAAGCAAGGCAUUAUCAAGCCUAUGCAACGGCCUCUUAUGUGA